GCUAUUUGGAUCGUAUUCGGGCCGGAUUCGCAACCCGUUCACCCGGUCACUCUCUCCGGAACCAGAAGAGUACUUCGGCUCUGUUGAUCGAUUUCCAUCGUCGGAUAGCUUGACACCAUUACGAGCUACUUCUCUAAGAACAAACCCCACUUCUCUCCAUGGCUUCACCGGUCGAAGAAGAUAAAGCAUUACAACAUUCCUUGAAAUCAGUAGCAGUUGUCGGAGGUGGAGUCAGUGGGCUUGCUGCAGCAUAUAAACUUAAAAUAAAUGGUUUGAAGGUCACUCUGUUUGAAGUUCAAGAUAGAGCUGGAGGGAAAAUAAAAAGUACAUCGGAAGAUAGUUUUAUAUGGGAUGAGGGGGCAAAUACAAUGACAGAAAGUGGAAUUGCAGUUGGAAGCUUGCUUGAUGAUUUGGGACUUCGAGACAAACAACAGUUCCCUAUUUCUCAAAACAAGCGCUAUGUUGUGAGGAACGGGAUGCCAAAAUUGAUUCCUUCAAAUCCAGUUGCACUAAUCAAAACCGAUAUCCUUUCAACACAAUCAAAGUUGAAGAUCCUACUGGAGCCAUUUUCAAGGUGGCAUUCUGAUAAAAGAAGUUCCACAAAGGUGUGUGAUACAGGAACGCGAGAAAGUGUGGGUCAGUUCUUUAAACGCCACUUUGGAACAGAGGUGGUUGAUUAUCUUAUUGACCCUUUUGUGGCUGGUACCAGUGCUAGUGAUCCUGAAUCUCUCUCUAUGCCUCAUGCAUUUCCGCAGUUAUGGAAUUUAGAAAAAAAGUUUGGUUCAGUCAUAGUUGGGGCAAUUCGUUCGAAGGCAUCUGGAAAACCAAAGGAUAAUGAUCCAAGUAAAAGUUCUUUGGAUAAGAAAAAACACCAGAGAGGCUCAUUUUCUUUUCAGGGUGGAAUGCAGACACUUACGAAUAUGCUAUGCUCCAAGAUUGGUGGGGAAAGUUUGAAACUGAACUCCAAAGUGUUAUCAUUAUCUUAUCACUCAGAUGGAGAUUCUCUAUCCAAUGAUUGGUCGAUUUCCUAUGCUGCAAACCAUGUUAAUGGCUCGGAUAUUAUUCAAAACCAAUUAUUUGAUGCUAUUAUAAUGACGGCUCCAUUAUGUGAUGUUCAAGAGAUGAAAUUCAAUGCAAGAGGAAAUCCUUUCAACCUUAAUUUCAUCCCCAAGGUGGACUAUGUACCGUUAUCGGUCGUGAUCACAUCCUUUAAAAGGGAGUGUGUGAAAAAGCCCUUGGAAGGAUUUGGAGUUCUUGUGCCUUCCAAAGAACAAGAAAAUGGCUUGAAGACGCUUGGUACUUUAUUUUCAUCCAUGAUGUUCCCGGAUCGUGCUCCAGCCAAUCAGUAUUUAUACACUACAUUUGUCGGGGGAACAAGGAACAGGAACUUAACUGGAGCGUCGUUAAGUGAGAUACAAGAGGUUGUGACUGCUGACCUUAGGAAGCUUUUGGGUGUAGAAGGUCAACCAACAUUCAUGAGGCAUAUCUAUUGGAAGAAAGCUUUUCCCUUGUACGGUCUAGAUUAUGACUUAGUUAUAGAAGCCAUUGAAAAGAUGGAGAAAAAUCUUCCAGGAUUCUUUUAUGCAGGUAACAAUAGAGAUGGAUUGUCUGUUGAUAAAUGCAUAACUUCGGGUGUGCAGGCAGCUGAGCGUGUAAUCUCCUAUCUUAGCGAUUCGAAAAAAUAAGAUUAUUAAGGAAAUAUUAUUGUUGAACCAAAGACCAGCCAUUUUCAUCAUCCCUCUAUUUAUUCUUUCUAUGUUCUUCCUGAUAAUACUGUAUUCUCUUGAAUUCAGGCCUUUUUUUUUUAUAUGCACUGUUUGUUAAAUGAAUGGUCAUAUGGAGAAUGAUAUGAUAUGUCCGAACCA